AUGCGAAACAGGACCAAGAAAUCCAGCCCAGGCGCAUUGAGGCCUGCGGGGACCCGAAGUCACAGAGCGCAUUGUGAAGUGGCUGGAGCGUCACAGGCCACACGGAUCCCGGGAUCCGAGGGCAGGGCGGGGCGGGCGGCCCCAGUUGCCCCCUGGAGGGAGGGCCCUUCGCGUAGACUCUGGACCUGCCGGAAAGGGAGCCUGGCCGGCUUCCACCACUUCUCUCCACAGUCCUAUGGGGAGCUCUGGGAGCCCCAGUUCCCGGGGCAGAAGGGCCAGCGGGAGUCGUCGGUAAACCCCUGGGCCGAGACUCCAGGCGCGGAGAGUGAGGCAGGGGAGGCCUGGCUGCACCCUAGCUGCUGCCCCACCUCGUGGCCCCGCCGGCGUGGCCACAUCGCCUGGUCCCAGGAAAGCCACAACCUGACCCACGUGGCCGGCAGGCCCUUGGAUCGCUCCAGGAAGCUCCGGUCAGGCAGCAAGCGCCGGGAAGAAGCCUGGGGUGAGGCAUGGACCAAGUCCAGCCGGGACUGGCAGCAGCAGCAACCACCGCAUCAACCUCAGCCCUGCCAGCGAGAUUGGUCCCGCCGAACCCCAGGGGAAUUUCAGUGCCCGAGCGAUGGAACUUUGGGUUUAGAAAAGGCGCAGACUGGAGAUCAGUGGGCAGUGCCGGUGUGCAGACACCUGGGUCUGUGGUCCCCUUCCUCAGUUCUCCCCGACAAGUCCCGUGUGCACCCCCAAGAGUACCGGAAGCCACCCGCCAGUGUGUGCGCCCAGAAGAGGGGCAGCGGCAAUCCGAUUGAGUCCUUAGCCGGCCAGUACUCCAGUCCCCCAACCUCCAACAAAGAGAUGAGGAGCCAGCAAGCUCAGGUCCUCAAGAGCAAGCUGGACGAGGCGGUGAUGUCCUCCAGGGACCAGAAGAUUGUGGCCCUGGUGCUGAGCUUGCUCACGAAGGCCCAGAGGACGCGGGAACUGCAGCAUCGGGCAGAGGUCGCCUGGGAAGAGCUGAAGCGCUCAGACCAGAAGGUCCACCUGCCUCUGGAGAGAGAGCUGGCUCUGCUGCAGCAGACUCAAGAGCAAUGGCAGACACAGAAGGAACAGCACAAGCCUCACAGGGGCCUCGAACAGCUCCGCCUGGGGCGGGAUGGCCAGGCGAAGGGAAGGCUAAGAUUGUCGGAGAGCGGCAGGAAGGAGCCACAAGACAACCAGGAGAACCACGACGUGGAGAAGCAGGACAGGGCGCACAUGCAGGCGGAGCGCCUCAAACAGUGCCAGGUCCGGCGCCUGCGGGAGCAGGAGAGGGUGCUCCAGAGCCGGGACCUGAACAGGCUGCAGCUGCAGAACAGGCUGGAGUCAGCUUGUCCCAAGCAGCAGUGCGGGGGCGGGGGUGGGGGGCAGGAUCAGACUAAGGUGCAGGAGAGUAGCCUGAGUUUCCCCGUCAAUUUCCAGGCCCGUAGCGUUCUCAUGGUCAGCUAGACCGAGGCCGAGGAGCUCCUCAGGAAGCUGUCGCUGGAGCAGAGUUCCCACAGGUCCCACGAGAUUCAGGAGCGGCGGAUCAAGGAGUGGCAGCGAGGGCAGCAGAAGGUCCAGAGGGAGGCAGAGCAGUUCCAGCAAGUCAGGUGGCGCGCUGGGGGAUCGGAAGAGCAGAGGCAGGUGGAGGUGCCCAAGAGGAUACUGGCUGAUUUGGCUGAGCAGAGGGUGAGGCAGGCCAGGAGGGCGCAUGGGACCACCUGGGACGUGGCGCAGCACAUGCACGAGAGGAACCAUCACAUCCUGAAGCUGAAAGCCGAGAAGGAGACAUGCCACAAUGAGAGCAUCAAAGAGAGCAUCAAGAAGAAUGAGCAGAGGAUGGAACAGAUCUCUGGAAGGAGAGAUCCCUCCUUCCAGGAGUUCCAAAAUGUUCCCCAGGCCUCCAAGAGAGAGAGUGGAGCUGGCCUCAACAGCUGUUUUGCUCAGGUGGCAGCAGAUGACCAGCUGCAGGGAUCAACCAAGAACCCAGAAUGA